GAGCAAUGAGCAAAGAUGUAUCAGUCGUUUGAAGAAACUUCUGCAGCCAGGUGUACAGUCGAAUACUGUCUAAACAUGAACAAGAUCGUGCUACUUUCCCUGGUGUCCUUGGCCGCGAGCGUGCCAGUGAUCGUGCAAGACCACCACCAACACUUUCAGCCUCAACUUCAAGGUGGUUUCCACCCUGUGGAAAGGUCUGACCAGGAGAGUCUGGGCACGUCGUCGGGCGGUAGUUACGGAGGCGGGGGUGACUACGGUGGCGCGGGUGAAUACGGCGGUGGUUACGGAGGAGGGGAUUUCGGGGGCCACGAAGCCGAAUUUGGCCACGGCGGGGGCUUCGAGGGAUCUUCCGGGGGGCAUUUGGAGGUUGGCGGUGACCACUCGGAUUACUCGUCUCUGGGAGGAGGUGGCGGAGGCCUGGAAGGUGGAGACGAGGGUGGAGUUUCAUUGGACGGAGGUCAUCACAGUGUAGUGCAAAGCGUUCCAGUGUCGGAACACGUCGAGGUGACCAAACCUGUGCCCGUCAAAGUGGUCAAACACAUCGGGGUACCAGUUCCUCAAAUCUUGAAGAUAGGUGUACCCCAUCCGGUGCCAGUCGGUGUUCCUCAACAGUAUCCGGUGGCGCAUCCGGUUCCAAAAUUGGUCCCGGUACAAGUGGUGAAGACGGUGGCCGUGCCUGUGGAGAAGAAGGUCCCUUUCCCAGUUGAGAAGCAUAUUCCAGUGCCUGUCGAGAAGCCGAUCCCUAUCACGAUAGAGAAACACGUGCCGGUGCCGGUUAUCAAACCGUAUCCCAUCAAAAUACCCGUGUACAAGACGAUCUAUCACCACGCGAAGAAGCAUUAAAAUUUAAAAUUCGUUAAAUCGUUUUAAAAUAAUACGACUGAUACGGCUGUACACGGUUUUAUCGCUUCCAGGAUUUCGAUUCCGUAUUGAACGAUCUCCGAUGGAAUAGCGAUGAAUUUUAAACUUUGAGGCUUUUUUUUUAUUUUCUUCUUCGUGUAUAUAGUAUAUAUAUAUAUAUGAA